AUUGAGGCGAAAUUCAUUUCCUGUCUGCCCACUUUCUCUCUCAAGGCUUCUCUACCCUCCAUUAGACGCUUUUCUCUUUGCGAGGGUUAGGGGAUCAUAGAGAGAGAGACACACACAAACACUACAUACAUUUAUUUAUACGCCUUCAGAGAACCUGAGCUUUUAUCGCUUCUAUUUAAUUAACCCAUCACCUUCUGAUUUGUCCUUGGUGGGUUUGUUUGCAAUGGCUGCUACUGCUACUGCUGGUCCGCGGUAUGCACCGGAGGAUCCUACUCUACCAAAACCAUGGAGAGGACUAGUUGAUGGUAAAACUGGGUACCUUUAUUUCUGGAAUCCAGAGACAAAUGUGACUCAAUAUGAGAGGCCUAUUGCCACAGCUCUUCCAUCAAAGUCUUCUUUAGUGCCCAUAAGUUCUUCAGUUCAAGUUCAGCAAUCUUCUCGCCGAGGCUAUAGCCCUGUUAAAGAAGAAGAUAGGUAUGGCAGAGGAAAUGGCAGUGGAUCAAAACCUGAUGCUGGGACGAAUUUUAAUCAGAAUGCAAAAGGUGGAGGAUUUCAAUCUCAAAAUGUUCCUAAUGGAACGGCUAAUGGACCUGGUGGCCCUUCUGCUAGGGGACAUGGAUCAUCAGCUGGAGGAAGUAUUUUAUCUCCAGAGGCUUAUCGUCGUCGGCAUGAAAUUUCAGUUACCGGAGAUGACGUGCCCCCUCCUCUUACUACAUUUGAAGCUACUGGAUUUCCUUCUGAGAUUCUGAGAGAGGUACUCAGUGCAGGCUUCUCUGUCCCAACUCCAAUUCAGGCACAAUCAUGGCCAAUUGCUUUGCAAAGCAAAGAUAUAGUGGCCAUAGCUAAGACUGGCUCGGGCAAGACCUUAGGUUAUUUACUUCCUGGGUUUAUUCAUCUCAAGCGCUGCCGUAAUGACCCUCAGCUGGGUCCAACUGUGUUGGUAUUGUCACCGACAAGAGAGUUGGCGACGCAGAUACAGGAUGAAGCUGUGAAAUUUGGAAGGUCUUCAAGAAUCUCUUGCACGUGUUUGUAUGGAGGAGCACCUAAGGGUCCACAGUUGAAAGAACUAGACAGAGGAGUAGAUAUUGUGGUUGCCACUCCUGGGCGUUUGAAUGACAUACUUGAAAUGAGGAGAAUCAGCCUGAGCCAAGUUUCUUACCUUGUACUAGACGAGGCUGAUCGAAUGUUGGACAUGGGUUUUGAACCCCAGAUAAGGAAGAUUGUAAAAGAGGUGCCUUCUCGACGCCAGACCCUCAUGUAUACAGCAACUUGGCCACGGGAAGUUCGGAAAAUUGCAGCUGAUCUGCUGGUCAAUCCUGUUCAAGUUAAUAUUGGCAAUGUUGAUGAGCUUGUGGCAAACAAAUCAAUCACACAGUAUAUUGAAGUAUUGGCACCCAUGGAGAAACACAGGAGGUUGGAGCAGAUAUUACGGUCUCAAGAACCGGGAUCAAAAAUUAUUAUUUUUUGUUCAACAAAAAAGAUGUGCGAUCAACUUGCUCGCAAUCUUACCCGGACAUUUGGAGCUGCUGCUAUUCAUGGAGAUAAAUCUCAGAGUGAGAGGGAUCAUGUUCUAAGUCAGUUCCGCACAGGGAGGUCUCCAGUGCUUGUCGCUACUGAUGUUGCUGCUCGAGGACUGGACAUUAAAGACAUCAGGGUGGUUAUCAACUAUGAUUUUCCUACUGGAGUGGAAGAUUAUGUUCAUAGGAUUGGGAGGACUGGCAGGGCAGGUGCUACUGGAGUUGCUUACACGUUCUUUGGUGACCAGGAUGCCAAGUAUGCUUCAGACCUUAUCAAAGUAUUGGAAGGGGCAAGCCAGCGAGUCCCUCCAGAGAUUCGUGAUAUGGCUUCUCGUGGUAGCGGGAUGAGUAAGUUUAGACGUUGGGGCUCUGCCCCCGGCGGACGUGAUGGAGGCCGCGGUGGACGCAGCGAUUUUGGUUACAGUGGAAGGGACGGUGGAAGAGGUAGUUUUGGAAUGUCUAGUUCCUAUUCUAGUAGGCCAGAGAAAGGCGGAGGUCGUGGAUAUGACUAUGAGUCACGAGACAGGAGUGAUAGAGGUCGCAGCCGCAGUCGAAGCCCAGAUAGGGGGUCAGGUUUAGGUGACCGUAGUAAAAGUUGGAACCGUGAUCGCAGCCGUAGUCCUGAUAGGAAUAACAGGGCUCCACCCACACGCUCUCCUGUGCGCAGUUUUCAUCAGGCUAUGAUGGAAAAAGGUCGGGCAUCCUCACCGCCACAAAAUCAGCUGGAGAGAUCAAGAUCUCCUUGUAAUGGUGGGGGCAGCAGUUUUUACAGGCCAUCUACACGUGAACGGUCUCCAGUCCGCAGCUUUCACCAGGCAAUGGUUGACAAAGGUCCGGUAUCUCAACCGCCUCGUAACAAGCUUGAUAGAUCAGGAUCUCCCUAUGGUGGUGGUGGUCCUGGAAGUGGACAUGUGGAUAGAGGAUAUAAUGAUGGUCCUCGUUCUCAUUUUGGGGAAGAAGAGGAGGAAGGCAUGAUUCCAGCUGAUGAAGAUGGUAUAAUACCACCAGAUGAUGGAGGCAUGUACCGGGGAGCAGAUAAGGGCACCCAUUGAUCUUUGAUCAUACCUUUAAUGAUGGUUUGCUUUAUUCCAUGUACCAGCCUUCUCCACGAGUAUUUCUUCUCUGUAUUUUUUUUUUUUUUUUUUUUUUGGUGUUUUGGGUUGUAGCUGGAAAAGAGGUAUAACAAAUGGGAGUGGAGGUGGGCAGUUGAUUUUUUGGUUGAAGGGUGAAUCUAAGCAAGCCGGGGCAUCUUUUUUUCUCACUGAUACCAUUUGUUGUUUUUGCUAGAAAGUAAAAGAAGGGAAAAUAUCAAAGUGUAAGAUAAUGAAUAUUAUGAUGUAAUUGAGGCUUUCGCUAGCAUAUUUAUAGCUAA